AUGACCCAACAGGGUCCCAAGUCAGCCUCCACCUUUGGGAAUGGGGUUCAGCAUCUAUUUGACGUUUGUCAAAGACUUUUACCUGGGUCCUCAGCACCCAGCCUGCAAAGUGCCAAGACCUUGGCCCUGCAAACAGAGUCUUCGCUAUCACGCGACUUCUUCGAUUACUCAGACUCAGACCAGGCCAGGCUUCUGACUGUGGCCAGGGUCAUUGGUGAGAGACCCAUCCUGUUUUUUAACUCAGGCUCUGGCUCCAGCUUCUUCAGUCAGAUCCUGGUGGGCUCCCUGCUGGUGGCCUUCUUCUUUGUCCUCUUCCAGUUCUGCACACACAUGAGCUUCCAGAAAGGGGCUUAA